GCUCCGACCCCACGCUCAGCUACAACGUCCCCGCUGUCCCCGAGGGUCCCCAAGCGCCACCCGGGCCCGGUCCGGCCCGGCCGGAGCCGCAGCCGUGGCGGAAGGGCCCCCUGAGCGGGGAUUACCUGUUCAUCUUCGAGGGCUCGCAGCGGGAUUUCCUUGGGGAGCCCCUCAAUGGCUCCGAGCCCCACAACGGCGGUGGUUCCCCCAAAAAGCUCUCUCCGCCACCGCUGCCGCCGCGGCACCCGCUGUGGGGCUGUCCCGAGGGCGGCCAGCGCUCGGGGAAGGCGUCCCCGCUGUCCCCCAAGGGCCAGGGCCAGCCCAGGGACAUCAACAUGUUCUCAGUGGCUCAGGACAAGCUUUUGGGGCGCCGCAUCUCCCAGGAGGAUCCCUAUGGCGUGGACGCCAUCACCUGCCUCAACCUCAACUCCACCUACGAGUCCGAGGUGCUGAGGGAAGCUUCCCGGGGCUGGAAGGAAGGCAGGAGCAUCCUGGAGAAGGAAUCCAGCGGGAAGCCGGUGGCACGGAGCAAGACCAUGCCCCCCCAGGUGCCCCCGCGCACCUACGGACCCCGCGCGGGCAACAGGAAGAACCUGGCGCCCAACAGGAACCGCAGGAUCUCCGUGGAGCCGGUGGCCCCCCGGCUGCACUCCUUGGCCAACGGCUAUGAGCUCUUUGAGGUGUCCGAGGAGCGGGAUGAGGAGGUGGCGGCGUUCUGUCACAUGCUGGAUGUGCUGCGCUCCAGCUCCGGCACCAAGGAUUAUUCCGGGACGGGGCUGGUGUGGAAUGCCGUGAACCUGAGCGCAGAGCAGCCGGGCGCCGGCGUCAGCCUGAAGGUGACGGUGGUGUGCGACAGCCUGAGGGAGCCGCUGACCUUCACCUGCGACUGCUCCUCCACCGUGGACCUGCUGAUUUACCAGGCCCUGUGCUACACCCACGACGAGCUGCACGCUGUGGACGUCGAGGAUUUCCUGCUCAAAAUCUGCGGCCUGGAGGAAUUCCUGCAGAACAAACACACGCUGGGCAGCCACGAGCACAUCCAGCACUGCAGGAAAUUCGACAUCGACAUCCGGCUGCAGCUGCUGCGGAGGAAGGCAGCGCGCAGCGAGCUGGCCCGCACGGCCAGCGAUGACCAGAGCCCUUCCACCCUCAACCACCACAUCCACCUGCAGGAGCGGCCCCUCAAACAGACCAUCAGCAGGUACUGGUGACACGGCUGGGACACCAUGGCACUGUCCCCACCCCGGGGACACCGCGGCACUGUCCCCACCCCGGGGACACCGCGGC